AUGCAGCCUGAUCUGAAGGCAGGAGUGGGAAAAGACGGGGCCAGAACGGGAGGCGUUUGCAGAAAACAGCAGAAGGGUCGACGCGGUGCUCCCCUUCCGCUUGCUGCAGGGCCGCAGAAGGCGCGCUUGGUCAGAACCUCCUGUUUCUGCUUUCCGUCAAAGGAGCUUGAACAGAUGGCGAAGGAACAAGAUAAAGAAUCGGAGAAACAAGCCUUGCUCCAGGAAGUGGAAAACCAUAAAAAGCAAAUGCUCAGCAAUCAGGCGGCUUGGAGAAAGGCAAAUCUAGCGUGCAAAAUUGCUAUUGACAACUCUGAGAAAGAUCAGCUGCUUCAGGGAAGAGACUCCUUAAGACAAAGAAAGACUACAAAGGAGAGCCUGGCAGAGAGUGCAAGUAACAUCACGGAGAGUUUGAUGGGCAUUAGCAGGAUGAUGUCACAGCAAGUCCAGCAGAGUGAGGAGACUGUGCAAACCCUAGCCAAUUCUUCACGAACCAUCCUGGAAGCAAAUGAAGAAUUUAAGUCUAUGUCUGGGACAAUUCAACUGGGGAGAAAGCUAAUAACCAAGUACAACCGCAGGGAACUGACAGACAAGCUUCUCAUCUUUCUCGCCCUUGCCUUAUUCCUGGCCACUGUGCUCUAUAUUUUGAAGAAAAGACUCUUUCCAUUUUUGUAAAAUUCCAAAGCUCUUACUGAACUAUUAUGACUUAUCAGAAAGAGAUGGUGUAAUAAUGGUAGGGCUUACUGUAAAAGGGAUAUGGCAAUAGCUAGAAGAGCAUUAGAGCAGGCAUGACUUUAUGCUAUCUAAAUGGAGUAUGGGACCUGCCUAAGAGGAGCUUAAGGGAGCACAAGUCAGGGAGGAGCAGUUAGACAGAGGUGUGGAAAGAAGAAACACCCAUCUGCCUGUAAGCGUGGGGAACCGGACAAACGCCUGAUGAACUAGGUACUCAGCGGUGCCAGUCUUAACUUUCUGCCUUUCUUCCGUUUUGCCAUGAAGUGAACUUUUGUCCGUGGCUUGGACGAGAAGCUACACUGACAUGUGUAUGUAACUGUCAGGUGCUGAGAACUAGAGGAAGGAUGGGAGAGAGAAACCCAUGUACAUUCCAUUAAUAAACUAUUUAUUGUAUCCAUGUGAACUGAGUUGUGUUUAAAAAAAAUUGCAGUGGACUGAGAGCGCCUGCACAGCUUCUGGAAGUUCUGUUUAAUACUUGGAAGAGUGGGUGCUUCUGGAAUGUUUUUUCUAAGAUUGUAGCGCACUCGUAGUCUGACUCUGUUCAGGCCCGGCCUUGGAGGGCUCUGACCAACGAAAAAAUGGAAACCACCUACUUUGUUACUAUUAAUUCACGCAACAUGUUUAUGAAAAUUACACUGUUAGUCUGUUACAGCCUUUAGUCUUUUUUGGUGCUUUUUUAAUAAAA